CGCUCGGCUCUUGGCUCUGCCUGGAGUUCUCAGUGCGGCGACAGCGGUGCUGAAUAUGGCGACAGACGGGAUGAUUUUAACAAACCACGACCACCAAAUCCGGGUCGGCGUCUUGACAGUAAGCGACAGCUGCUUUCACAAUCACACUGAGGACCGCAGCGGGAUCAACCUCAAAGAUCUCGUGCACGACCCUUCCUUGCUUGGAGGAACCAUCUCCGCUUACAAAAUUGUCCCUGAUGAAAUUGAUGAGAUCAAGGAGACUCUGAUCGACUGGUGUGAUGAGAAAGAAUUGAACCUGAUUUUGACCACCGGUGGCACCGGCUUCGCUCCUCGGGAUGUCACGCCUGAGGCCACUAAAGAGGUGAUCGAGCGGGAAGCUCCAGGGAUGUCUCUGGCCAUGCUGGUGGGCUCUCUGAAUGUCACUCCUCUGGGAAUGCUCUCCAGACCCGUGUGUGGUAUCCGAGGGAAAACUCUCAUCAUAAAUUUGCCGGGCAGUAAAAAAGGUUCACAGGAAUGCUUCCAGUUCAUCCUGCCCGCUCUCCCGCACGCCAUCGACCUGCUCCGAGAAGCUGUGGUCAAAAUGAAAGAGGUGCCAAACGAGCUGGAGGACUUGCCCUCGCCUCCACCUCCUCCGUCCCCGCUGCCUGCCAGCAGCCCGCACCGGCAGACCGAGGACAAGGGUGUGCAGUGUGAGGACGAGGAGGAGGAGAAGAAGGACAGUGGUGUGGCCUCCACAGAGGACAGCUCCUCCUCGCACAUCACUGCCGCCUCCAUCGCUGCCAAGAUUCCCGACUCCAUCAUCUCACGGGGCGUCCAGGUUCUUCCCCGUGACACGGCGUCUCUGAGCACCACGCCGUCCGAGUCGCCACGCGCCCAGGCUACCUCCCGCCUCUCCACCGCUUCCUGUCCCACCCCCAAGGUGCAGUCACGAUGCAGCAGCAAAGAAAACAUCUUACGAGCAAGUCAUAGUGCGGUGGACAUCACCAAAGUGGCUCGGAGACACCGUAUGUCUCCAUUCCCUCUCACCUCUAUGGAUAAAGCCUUCAUCACUGUGCUGGAGAUGACCGCAGUUCUGGGCACUGAGAUCAUUAACUACAGAGCAUAUUUUUGGAUUCUGGAACUGGGAAACAGUAGCAUGCUACAGUGUUGUCUCUGUGUCCUGACAGCGGCUGAUGGUCCUGGUGACAGAUUUAUUAUCGGCGAGUCUCAGGCUGGAGAGCAGCCCACACACACCGUGAUGCCGGGUCAGGUGAUGCGGGUGACGACAGGCGCUCCUAUUCCAUGCGGGGCCGACGCUGUGGUUCAAGUAGAAGACACUGAACUCCUGCGAGAGUCUGAAGACGGCACAGAAGAGCUUGAGGUGCGGAUUCUGGUUCAGGCUCGUCCAGGUCAAGACAUCAGGCCCAUCGGUCACGACAUUAAGCGUGGUGAAUGCGUGCUGGCCAAAGGCACUCACAUGGGCCCGUCUGAGAUCGGCCUGCUGGCCACGGUGGGCGUCACAGAGGUGGAAGUGCAGAGGUUUCCAGUCGUGGCUGUGAUGUCUACAGGCAACGAGCUGCUGAACCCAGAGGACGAUUUACACCCCGGUAAGAUCAGAGACUCGAACCGCUCGACACUGCUGGCCACCAUACAGGAGCACGGAUACCCCACCAUCAACCUGGGCAUCGUGGGAGACAAUCUUGAGUCUUUGUCAUGUGAUGUGAAGCUGGAUCCCCGUCCGGAGUAUCACCGCUGUAUUUUGACAUGGCACCAUCAGGAACCUCUGCCAUGGGCACAGAGCACAGGGAACCAGGUUAGCAGCAGACUCAUGAGCAUGCGCAGCGCUAACGGACUCCUGAUGCUACCUCCCAAAACCGAGCAAUACGUGGAGCUGCACAAGGGCGAGGUGGUGGACGUCAUGGUCAUCGGCCGUCUAUGAUGACAGAGGAGCGGGCCGAAGGACGGAGAGCAACGGGUGGUUCACGGUGCAUGUUCACAUAUCAUUGACUGUAAUAUGCAACGGCACAGCUAGUUUUUAUUGAUUUGGAUAACGCUGAAGUAUAGUCAACAUCUUGAUCACAAACCUAGAUACAUAUGAGAAAAA